AUGGCUACUUCCUCCGCGCCACCGCAGGUGAAAGACGAAGAUCCCAUAAACUGGGCGGAGCUUCCAUCGGAGCUGAUGGCUUCGAUUCUGGUCCGUCUAAGCGUGGUUGACAUACUGGAAAAUGCCCAGAAAGUGUGCAAACCGUGGCGCUGCGUCUCUAAGGACCGCUCGAUUUGGCGGAAAGUCGACAUGCAAAACCUGAGAAAUGGCCUUAAUAGCGGCAAGUACUACUUGAGUAACAUGUGCCGUCAAGCUAUUGAUCGCAGCGACGGCGGUAUGGUCGAAAUCAACAUCGGCAGAUUUGGUACAGAUUCUCUCCUCACCUACAUCGCCGACAGAUCAAGUAACCUGAGAAGCCUUAAAUUUGCAAUGAACGUUCGAAUAACGAACGAGGGACUUGUGCUCGCAGUAGCAAAACUUCCAUUGCUUGAAACGUUGGAGAUCUCAAGCUUAUGGUUCAAUCUAAAUUUGAAAGCUAUAGGCCAUUCUUGCCCUAAGCUUAAAACAUUGAAGCUAAACUGCUCCGAUUGCUGCCGCUUUGAGUACAAAUGUGAUGAUGAUGAUGCUCUAGCGAUCGCAGAAAGCAUGCCUGAGCUACGCGAACUCCAGCUUCUUGCGAACAGACUUACUAACACCGGCUUAAACGCCAUUCUUGACAACUGUCUUCACCUGGAACACCUUGACUUACGCCAGUGUUUAAACAUAAACCUUUCCGAGGGUGAUAUGGAAAAGCGAUGUUUGGAGAGGAUCAAAGAUUUCAGACGUCCCAAUGACUCCACCGCUGAUUGUCCGUUUUAUGUCGCUUUUAGUUUCAGAUGA